AUGGUGGCGAGUACGCGAGUACAGAAGCUCCUCCGUCGGUAUAAACUCGCAAUAGCGGUUGCGUUAACGAUUCUCCUCAUUCAAGGUCUGGUCGUAUGGAGUCUUAGGAGUCUUGAGGAGGGAGAGGCAGAGCGGAAACAUCGCCGCUCCAAGCUUCCAGAUCACAACAGCCAGGACCAGAAGAAGGACGCCCUACCGUGGGAGAGGCAGAACUCAGAGGGGCGAUGGAGGCAGAGGUCAGACCUGCCAAACCUGGCAGGCACAGGAUUGGUCAGGAGAGGCCCAAAACGAAGAAACCGUCCGUCCUUGAAGGUCAAUAACCCCACCGGUCAAGGGAGGGCCUCCCUCGGGGACAUCGUGCCCCCGUACGACCCUUCCAGCAGCCGAAACUUCUCCGACAUGCGGGCAGGAGAGGGCGUCAAAGCCCAGUUGGCGGUGCCCGGGGAGCCCGGGAGCGUGGAGGGCGCCCCUCUGGUGCCCAGCAGUGACUUUGUACCCAAAUGUGAGAUCACAGGCAAGGACGCCUUGUCUGCCCUGCACCGUGCUGCAUCAAAGCAGUGCAGGCAGGAGAUCGCCAACAUAGUGUGUCAACAUCAGGCAGGAGAGCUGAUGCCCCAAGCUCUUCCCCAACUCUGUCCACAUCAGGUUGUGUCCAGCGCAGUUCAGCAGGUGGACAUCCUGGACGCUGACCUGUCCAAGGUGGAGAACCCUGUGCGCAUUGCCUUUGUCCUUAUGGUCCAUGGACGGGCAGUGCGACAGCUGAAACGACUGCUCAAAGCCAUUUACCACAAAGACCACUUCUACUAUAUCCACGUGGACAAGCGCUCUAAUUACCUGCAUCGGGAAGUGCUGAAGAUGGCUGAGCAGUAUCCGAACGUGCGGGCCACACCGUGGCGUAUGGUGACCAUUUGGGGCGGGGCCAGUCUGCUGAAAGCCUACCUGCGUAGCAUGCAGGACCUGCUCUCCAUGUUAGACUGGGAAUGGGACUUCUUCAUCAAUCUGAGUGCUACUGACUUCCCUACCAGGACCAAUGAUGAGCUGGUGGUUUUUCUGUCACAGAACCGUGACAAAAACUUUCUGAAGUCACAUGGACGAGAAAACGCCAGGUUUAUUAAGAAGCAGGGCUUGGAUCGGCUCUUCCACGAAUGUGACAACCACAUGUGGAGGCUGGGUGAGCGCACCAUUCCCGAGGGGCUGGAGGUGUCGGGAGGCUCGGAUUGGUUCUCCCUGACUCGGCGCUUCGUGGAGUACGUGGUUAAUUCAGAGGAUGAGCUGGUGACGGGGCUGAAACAGUUCUACACCUACGCCCUGCUACCCGCUGAGUCCUUCUUCCACACAGUUCUGGGAAACAGUCUCAUGUGUGAUACACUAGUAGACAACAACUUGCGUGUCACUAACUGGAACCGUAAACUGGGCUGUAAGUGCCAGUAUAAACACAUAGUGGAUUGGUGUGGCUGCUCGCCCAAUGACUUCAAACCCACAGACCUCAUCAGAAUACAGCAGCUGACCAGACCCACUUUCUUCGCCCGCAAGUUUGAGUCCACCGUUAACCAGGAGGCCAUCGACAUCCUGGACGCCCACCUGUACGGGCAUUACCCGCCGGGCACGCCCGCGCUCAAGGCCUACUGGGAGAGCCUGUUUGAGCGGGAGGGUGGAGCGGGAUCUCUGAGUGACGUGGCUCUCACUGCCUACACCUCCUUCUUCAGACUGGGCCUCCACAGCCAGGAGACCACACACAGCAGCACAGACGCCUGCAGGUUUGAACCCAUUGGCUAUCCCUUGUCUGUGCACCUGUACUUCUAUGAUGACCGUUUCCAGGGUUACCUGGUGAGGCAGGAGGUGCAUAACUUGGGGACGAAGGAGAGAGAGAUGCUGGAAAUCUGGGCGGUCCCCCAGGCAAUGCUGCAGCUGGAAAGCAACCUGAGAGAGUUUGAGAGACUGAAGCAUCUGGAUGUGGGCACGGACUGGGAUCCAAAGGAGAGAAUCUUCCGUAAUUUUGGAGGAGUGAUGGGUCCGCUGGAUGAACCGGUAGCAGUGCAGAAAUGGGCCCGUGGACCCAAUCUGACCGCCACCAUCGUCUGGAUUGACCCAGCGCACGUGGUGGCAGCUUCAUACGACAUCAGCGUAGACGUGGAGGCUGAGUUUACCCAGUACAAACCACCAUUACAGCGCCCCCUCAGGCCUGGAGUAUGGACAGUGCGUGUGCUCAGACUGUGGGAGCGCGUGGCAGAAACGCGCUUCCUGGUCACGCCCCUGGCCUUUAAAGGAAAAGAGCCUCUACGCAAAGAUGAGCACAGCUGGCUUCACACUGGUCCUCCUGGUAAUCUGUACUUAGAACAGAGCUUUCAGCAGUUGGCCCAGAUACUGAAGCUUCCUGCGAUGGAGCCAGCGCUCCAGGAGGCCCAGAAGAAAGCGUUGCUGGUUGGGAAGCCUCUGGAGGCCUGGGUGGACAGUUUGGUGGGGGGAUUUUGGGUAACGGGGGAUGUCUGCGCCUCUCAGGCUUCGACGUGCCCCACGGUAGCACUCUGCGCCCAGACCACGUGGAGUUCUCUUUCUCCCGACCCCAAGUCAGAACUCGGACCCGUCAAAAGCAACGGUCGCAUCAGGUAG